AUGUGCUCUGUCUUUUCGACCGCCACGGCAAUGAGAGAUUCAUCUCCUGUCGAAACCUCUGAACCUUACGAGAAUCGCAACACAAUGGUGUCAUCCGAGUCCCAAGAGGAGAUACUACACCAGCAUGACAGUUCUACUGCAGAAGGCGGCGCUGACUCGUUGUCCAACUUGCGAGUAGAAAUACCCUCGGGUUCGUCGAUUCCGAGUUGUCAGACUGGUCCCGUGGAUAAGCAACCAUCUAAUGAUGCUUCGGAUGAAUCUGACACGUCUUUUGAGUCUGAUGACGAUGAAUCUGAGGGGGGCAUCUUAGAUCAACUCAACACCACCCUUGGAACGUCUUACACCCUGGACACUACAUUCCUCUCUUCCCUUCUUGAAGAUUGCAUUGCAAACAACUAUGACUUUGGCACGGCAUAUGGCCGCCUCCGCUCGAGAUGGUUUCACAAGCAGCUCAAGCCUCUGCAGAUGACAUUAUGUGGUGUAUCUGGCACACUGUCCAAGAUGCAGAACCGGGUGUCGACCAACCCAGUGGACAAAGUCGCAGGCCUGGCAUUUUGCUUGCAGUCCAGGAUGAUACCGGCCUACUAUGAAAGCCAGAAUCUUGAGGAGGCAUGGAAAGCACUCGUGGAUUCGAUGCAUCCAUGGUCUCGGGCCGAGUUGUUCUUCUUGUAUCCUGAACCAGGAAUUGCACGCACAAAAUGGAGACCAUCGUGGGACCAGGUUAUGACGACACCUCUGCCUGCAGAUAGCUUCCCUCGGAUGAAGGUUCAUCUGGAUGAGAAGAUGGACAAAGACUCAUGUGACGCAUCUUGCAUUGAAAAAGCAUUUGUGCGGUGGUUGACUGUGGAAGGUGUUGAUCGACAUGGAGAGUUGCUUAUUAAAGACAAGCAUGGGAUAGAACAUGCAUUCAACAUCGUGGCCACCCAUAAGUACCCGAUACCUGAAGAUAUUAGCCCUAAAGCAGGUAGGAAAGUUUGGACUGGGGAAGAGCCCGUCGAGAUUGAUCCAAACAGGGAGAUCCUCGUAGGAUGGGGAGUUAUCAAUUCUACAUUCCGGCGUUGGAACGCUACAGAAGUGGAUGUUGUGGUUCUGCUGCGGGACGUAGGCUGA